CGCUGUCGGGACUGAGGGCUUCCGGCAGGGACCGGACCGGAGCGCUGGCCCCUGCACCGGGAUAGCACCAGGCUGGAGAGCAGAGCCAGCUGGGGGUGGGCAGAGAAGAGGCCAUGCUGCCGGAGCAGGGAGGAAGCGGAGCCUGGACCCAGCGCCCUCCUGCUCCCCGCAGGCAGGGGCCACCGAUGGUGCCAAGGCCCUGACCCCAGGUGGCCCUGAUGGUCCACAUGAGGUGUAGGGUCUAAUUUUAGCUCUAGCCAUAGGGCCUACCGCCUAGGAGCUGCUGCCAGCAGGCACAGGGUGGCCAGGACUGCUCUGGCAGGGUUGGACGGGGGAGAUCAGCCUGCCUCCUUCCGGACCUACACCCUGGCCACACCACCCCCUGGAGAGCCCUCAUGGGCCCCCUAUGGUCUGGCCAACGGUCCUCCUGUGGGACAAGGGCAAAGUCAGGAGUGCGUGUAGCAAGGAGGGCAGAAAGCCACAGUCGUGUAGGUUGACCCAGAGUUGCAUCAGCGGGAGCGGUGCCCAGGGGCAGAGGACCCUGCAGAGGGUGAGGGCAGAGGCCAACUGGACUGUCCAAAGGUCAGGGAAGCAGAGUGCUGACCAUAGGAGGGCUAGGGCAAGAGGCUGGGUCCUACCUGGUCUCCUUCAGACUGGCUUCCAUCUUCCCAGGGGUGCUGGACUGGGCUGACCCUGGCACCAGCCGCCUUCCUCAGGUUCUGCUCCUCCCGCUCGCCAGCUGAGGCCUCCUCUCGCCUUCCCAGCCCACCUGCGGUCAGCCACAUGAAAUCGUGGAGAAGAAAGUCCCUGUGGCUCGCUCUGUCUGCCUCCUGGCUCUUCCUCUUCCUCCUGGGGCUCCCCCCGCUUCUCCGCCCAGCAGUGCCCCCCAGACCUCUGCCUGGGGCCCCGGAAGGCUGGCCACACUGGCUGGAUGCCGAACUUCUGCCAAGCUACUCCCAGCCUGGGGAGCUCCCUGAAGAUGCUGCUCCACCUACCCGAGCCCCCUCUGGUGGUGGCUGCAACUGGGGAGCCUGCUUUGACCCUUCCCAGUGCCGGUGUGGUGGCCUCAAGGUAUUUGUGUACCCCGCAGCUGGGCCCACCUCUGAGAUUCAUCACCAGAUCCUGGCUUCCCUCCAGCGCUCCCGAUACCACACAUUCAGCCCUCGAGAGGCCUGCCUCCUCCUCUUCCUCAGCCCGGAUGCCCCCACUGGAGCACCCAUUCCGGUGCCUGCGCAGUGGGAUGGGGGCAAGAACCACCUGGUUCUCAGUCUCCACCCAGCCCCCUGUCCCAAGACCUUCCAGCUGGGACAGGCCAUGGUGGCUGAGGCCAGCCCCCCCGUGGACACCUUCCGACCCGGCUUCGAUGUGGCCCUUCCAUGUCUCCCUGAAGCCCACCCUUUGCAAGGGGGGGCUCCUGGCCAGCUGCGGCAGCACAGCCCCCACCCUGCAGAGACCUUGCUAGCCCUGGCAGAGGAGAGAGGUGGGUGGCGCACGGUGGGCACCAACUCCUCUGCCUGCCACUGGGAUGGGCGCUGUGAGCAGGAUCUUGCACCCAACCAGACCCUCGGCAGGGCAACACUACCCAGAGCCACCUUCUGCCUCAUCCCCAGCCACCACUCUGCCGCCUCCCGUUUCCUCCAAGCCCUGCAGGCUGGCUGUGUCCCCGUGCUUCUCAGUCCCCGCUGGGAGCUGCCCUUCUCUGAGGUCAUCGAUUGGACCAAGGCAGCCAUUGUAGCUGAUGAGAGGCUCCCGGUACAGGUUGCGGCUGCCCUGCAGCAGAUGCCACCUGCCCGCGUCCUGGCCCUGCGUCAGCAGACUCAGUUCCUGUGGGAUGCCUACUUCUCUUCAGUGGAGAAGAUCAUCCACACUACUCUGGAGAUCAUUCAGGACCGGAUCUCUGGAGUGUCUGCCCAUCCCUCCCUGAUGUGGAACAACCCCCCAGGGGCACUCCUGGCCCUGCCGACAUUUUCCACAAGCCCCCAGGAUUACCCCUUCUACCACCUGCAGCAGGGCUCCCGACCCAUGGGCGGGUUCAGUGCCCUGAUCCAGGUGGGGGCCUCCGCCCAGCUCCCCCUGAAGCUCAUCCAGGCGGUGGCAGGCUCCCAGCACUGCGCCCAGGUUUUGAUUCUCUGGAGCAGUGAGAGGCCACCCCCACCCAGGGGCAAGUGGCCCGAGACGGCCGUCCCCUUGACAGUCAUGGAGGGGCACAGGAAGGCCAGUGAUCGCUUCUUCCCACACAGCACCAUCAACACGGAUGCCAUCCUCAGCCUCGACGCCCACUGUAGUCUUUCCACAAGUGAGGUGGAUUUUGCCUUUGUGGUGUGGCAGAAUUUCCCGGAGCGGAUGGUGGGCUUUCUGACCAUGAGCCACUUCUGGGACUCGGCCCGGGGUGGCUGGGGCUACACUGCUGAGAAGGCCAACGAGUUCUCCAUGGUUCUCACCUCAGCCGCCUUCUACCAUAGGUACUACCACACUCUCUUCACCCACUCCCUGCCCAGAGCUCUCAGGACGCUGGCCGACGGGGCGCCCGGCUGUGUGGACGUCCUGCUGAACUUCCUGGUGGCAGCAGUAACCAAGCUGCCCCCUAUCAAGGUGCCCUAUGGGACGAGAGCUCCCCCGGCUUCUGGGGAUCCCCGGCCCGAGCUGCAGCCCCCUGACCCAGACUGCGUCAAUUUGAUGGCGGCAGGGUUCGGCCACAUGCCCCUGGUGUCCUCUCGCCUCCGCCUGGACCCGGUGCUCUUCAAGGACCCGGUUUCCGUCCUGCGCAAGAAAUAUCGCAGCCUGGAAAAGCCCUAGCACCCACAAGUGGCCACCCGAGCCGGGCCCGGGAGACCCGAGAGCCAAUCAAGGCAGCUAAUUGGCUUUGCGUCAGAUCCCGGUCAGCCAAUCACCACCAGCGCCGCGGAGCAGCCGCCGCGCGGCCCGCGUGGGACAGAUGCAGCGUCCAUCCCUGUGCCUGCCGUGCCGCUUUCUGCGCUCGUCUUCCUCCUCCUCCUCCUCCCCAGCCCCUCGCCUCCCUACCCUUCCCCGUCCCCAGAAGGGGUGAGCCCCAUCCCGGCUGCUCAGCCUCCCUGCAGUCCCGGCCCUGUGCUCGCUGCCUGCUCACACGCUCAGGGCCCGGGACUGACCUGUGGGCGCGGGGGCGGCUGGCACUUGUUAUCGUCUCCCUGCCCGCGCGGGUGCACGAUACAUAGUUGAUGGGCAGACUGGUGGAACAGACGUGGACCACCGCGUGCCUGUCCCUGUGCCGGCGGCGACGCGAAGGUGGACAAGAUGCAGCGCGAAGCAAAGCCAUCCCUCCCAACACCCCCCACCGCCCUCUCCACCCCCAGGUCCCAAGGGUCUUGGGGGAAAACAGCUACUACAGCAAGUGCAACCCUCGAGCCCCAGGGGAAGAAGCCAGAAGGCGAAGGGAGGCAAUUUCUGAGGCUUUGGGGGCACCAUUCCACCCAGGGAAGCCCUGCGCUACCGGCGUGGACCACUAGAGGCCAGUGGCACACCGCACUCCUCCCUCCUCGACCAAGUGGGCUGUUCCACCCGCCCAGUGAGAGGGGUGGGUGCACAGAGGGUUAACGAUGUGCGCGGCCCCAGUCGGAGGACUCAGAGAUAACAGCCCCCACCGCUUUCGCCCCGACAGACACUUGGGGUUGGGUGAGGAGGGGCCAUUCCUAGGUGGGCUGGGUGGGCGCAGGGCUGUCUAGGUCGCCCUGGCCGUGAAGGUGGAGUGGGGGAGGCGCCGCUAGGUUCUCCUGGUUUCACCCACCUGGAAAUGGAAUUAUCACUUCCGAAAUAAAGCUCGUGUCCUUGCCCCGCA